CCAGUUGGCUGUUCCUCCAGUCAGUCUCUGGCCCGGAAAGCGGGGUGAAAGGCCUGCCUCUGGUAUCCGGUGACGACGCUCUCGUUGGCUUUGCCCCAGUCAGCGCGUCGCCAUGGCUGUACGCUGGGAAGCUGGAAGUGGUCGGUUGGUGUUUUCAAAGCAGAAAUAAGCAGCCUGUGGAAAAUCUACGAUCCCCAACAACAUUGCGAUGACUGGAUUCACCCUGCUUUGGAUUUUACCUCAUUUAUUACCUUCGUUUUUUUAUUAGUUUAUAUAUAUAUAUAUAUAUAUUUUUUAAAUUAGAUUUACAUUUUUUUAAAUUUGUAUUUAAUUGUAUUUUUUUUAAAGGAAAAUAAAGCCAACGUUGUAUAUACGUUUCUUUGCGAAAGACACACAGAAGGCAGCUGCUUUUGUCUUAGUUUUGUGUUUGUUUUAGUUUGUUUUUAAUCUUUAGCUAACACAACAUGAAGGUUACAGUGGCUUUUGAGGAAUGUCUCAAAGAUUCUCCCAGAUUCAGGGCAGCAAUCGAGGAGGUAGAGGGAGAUGUAUCCGAACUGGAAUCCAAGCUUGAUAAGCUGGUAAAGCUUUGUAUUGGAAUGAUCGAUGCUGGCAAGGCGUACAAUACAGCCAACAAACAGUUUGUGAAUGGAGUCCGAGAACUUGCACAGCAGUCUGCCAAAGACGAGGUCAUUGAGACCAGCUUGACAAAAUUUGCAGAAAGCCUGCAGGAGAUGAUCAAUUAUCAUACAAUCCUGUUUGACCAAGCUCAGAGAUCCAUCAAGUCACAGCUUAUGACGUUUGUGAAAGAAGAUUUGCGCAAGUUCAAGGAUGCGAAGAAGCAGUUUGACAAGGUCAGCGAGGAGAAGGAGACGGCGCUGGUGAAGAACGCACAGGUGGCUCGCAACAAGCAGCACGAGGUGGAGGAGGCCACGAACAUCCUGACCGCAACCAGGAAGUGUUUCAGACACAUCGCUCUGGACUACGUGCUGCAGAUUAACGUCCUACAGUCCAAAAGAAGAUCUGAAAUUUUAAAAUCGAUGCUCUCCUUCAUGUACGCCCACCUCACCUUUUUCCAUCAGGGCUAUGACUUGUUCAGAGACCUGCAGCCACUUAUGAAACAGCUGGGAGGGCAGCUGGACCAGCUGGUGGUAGAUGCAGCAAAGGAGAAGCGGGAUAUGGAACAGAAGCACUCCACCAUCCAGCAAAAGGUGACUGCGUCUGAUACAGUGCCAGAUGCCAGAUGCUUUUGUGCUUGGAGGUCAACAGGUGACUUCUCGAAUGACGACACCAAGCUGGAGUACAAUGUGGACGCCGACAAUGGAAUCGCCAUGGAGGGGUAUCUUUUCAAAAGGGCCAGCAAUGCCUUCAAAACAUGGAACAGGCGCUGGUUCUCUAUUCAAAACAACCAGCUAGUAUACCAGAAGAAGUUUAAGGAUAACCCCACUGUGGUGGUGGAGGACCUGAGGCUGUGCACAGUGAAACACUGUGAGGACAUUGAGCGCCGCUUCUGUUUCGAGGUUGUCUCUCCUACAAAGAGCUGCAUGAUGCAGGCAGACUCUGAAAAGCUGCGGCAGGCGUGGAUUAAGGCUGUACAAAACAGCAUCGCUACAGCAUUCAGGGAGCAGGGUGAAAGCUCUGAGAAGCUGGACAGGAAGUGUUCCACGUCUACAGGCAGCCUUGAUUCUGGCAGCGAGUUGAAGGAGAAGUCUCUGAAAGGGGAGAGCGCGCUGCAGCGGGUCGAGUGCAUCGCCGGCAAUGCCAGCUGCUGUGACUGUGGGUUGGCUGAACCUCGCUGGGCCAGCAUCAACCUGGGGAUCACACUGUGCAUUGAGUGCUCAGGAAUACACAGGAGUCUCGGGGUCCACUUGUCCAAAGUCCGGUCUCUUACCUUAGACUCUUGGGAGCCUGAACUGCUCAAGGUCAUGUGCGAGUUGGGGAACAGUGUUAUAAACAGGAUAUAUGAGGCUAAUUUGGAAAAGCUGGGUGCCAAGAAGCCACAGCCCGGAGAUCCCAGGCAGGAUAUUGAAGCUUACAUCAGAGCAAAGUAUGUGGAGAAAAGGUUUGUCCGGAAACCAACAGCAGCAGAGCAGAGAACGAAGGUUGUAUCUCUGAGCAGGCAGGAGAAACGGCUGAGUAGCUGCAGCUCGGAGUACCUGCCACCUCGCCCCCCUCCACCCACUCCCAAAAUGAGACCUGCGUCCCACAUCUCAGUGACUGCGGCUUGUAGUGACGAGGCCCGUCGGGAGUCUCUCUUCUGUCCCGAUGAGCUAGACUCUCUCUUCUCCUACUUUGACACCUCUUCCAAGCUGCGUAGUAAAAAGAGUGCGGACAGCGGGAUCCAGAACAGUGCUGAUGGGAGCAAGGAGAUGCUGGCCUCCAGCCGGUCUGCAAACAGCUUGAGUGAACCUGACAUUCCAGAGCCUGCUGUUCCAGAGGCUGGGAAGAACUCUGCAGGGCUGGUGGAGUUUAAGGAAUGCUCUCCGGGUCUCCAGCUGUACUGGGCUGCGUUCGCACGCAACCUCCCUGACAUGGCCGAGGCAUUGGCACAAGGAGCCGAGGUGAACUGGGUGAACACAGAGGCCGACAAGCAAACCCCCUUAAUACAGGCCGUCCAGGGGGGUUCGCUGGUUGCUUGCGAGUUUUUGCUGCAGAACGGUGCUAAUGUGAAUAAUCAUGACGGGCGCGGGAGAGGACCUCUGCAUCACGCCACCAUCCUUGGACACACUGGGCAGGUGUGUCUGUUCUUGAAAAGAGGGGCCAGUCAGAAUGCGGUUGAUAGUGACGAUAAAACCCCUCUUUCAAUAGCUGUGGAUGCUGCCAAUGCAGACAUUGUAACAUUGUUACGCCUGGCGAAGAUGAAUGAUGAGAUGCGGGAAUCAGAGGGGCUCUACGGACAGCCAGGAGAUGAAACUUAUCAAGAUAUUUUCCGAGACUUCUCUCACAUGGCUUCAAAUGAUCCAGAGAAACUGAACCGGUUCCAGCAGUAUGACUCCCACAGGCUGUGAAACCUGGGAGGGUCGUGCAGCAGGGAGAAAAAACCACAACAGCACGUGAAUCUUGUACGCUGGAAAUGGGGAUUUCAGUGGCUGGGUAGUCAACUAAACAGUCACCUGCCUUAAAGUAUACACAGCUAACAAAACGAUUCCAGCAAUUCUGAUCUAGUAUGCAUUACCAUCACUUUGUAGACAUCACAUUUUCCUUUAUGAAAGAGGCACACAUUAUGUUAAACCAUGUAUUUGAUUUGCAAAGGUUUUUUUCAAAACAUUUAUAACCUUUUCCAUGCGGUGCUUUCCAUUGAAGGAACGCACCUGACUCCCGUGAUUUGCUUCUGGGAGAUUGAGUCCUUGUAGGAAAAACAAUUCUGAGCAUUUUUUUUCUAGACUAACUGAGCAAAUUAUAUAUAUAUAUAUAUAUAUAUAUAUAUAUAUUUAAUAUAAAAGAACUCAAGCUAGCCACAUUGGUAUGCAUUUGAGUACAAAUCAUUGCUUUUCCUAUGGCCGACAUGUUUUUCAAUGGUGACCUAAUUCCUUAAUGCAACUUUAGGAUGUACAGAAGUCUCUGUAAGGAGUGUUUCAUAAAUACUCUUCUCCAACAGCUUUAAAAAAUUGCAUUAUAGCUAUAUAGUAGGUAAGAUUUACUGGAAUGGUCUUGUUAGCAUCAUUUACUUUAAAGCAGCAGAGAGACCUAAGGGUAAUGGACAUCACACCUAAUGACAGAGUUUUGUUUUGAAUUUGUGAAUUGCGGGAUUGAAAAAGAGAGAGGAAACACAAAAACAUACCAGCCUGUUCCACUCCCCAUCAUAAAAAUGCCCUUGGCAUCCAUGCUGUAGGUCUAAUGCAGAUAUAAGGUCACGCUGAAGUGUCGCCAGAACACUCUUCAGAAUGCAGAAGUUCAAGACCGUACUGCCAGUCAUCUUUGUGGAAAACAGAUGACAUCUUUUCUUGAUGUUGUAUCAGUUUACAAAAUCCACAGCUCCUUUAAGAAACACACACCAGCAGCAUGUUUCCACUCAUUUUAACAGGCGACAACAGCUGAAUGCAUUAAAAGCUCAAGAUAAUAAGAAUGUUUUGGUGGAUGGCCAGAUUAUUAGCUUGACUCUGAACUUGCCUGUAGAAUAGUUCACUGUACGCCAGAGGGGCUGUACCCUUUUGCAAAAGUGCAGCUAUGGCCAUAGGUUUUGCAUCACCCUAUAGAAUGAACUCAUUUUGCUUUAUAAAGUUGAAUGAAACCUGCUGAAUAAUGUUAUGUUAAUAUAUGCAUACUGCUUUGUAGUUUUCCAUAUACUUAACGAAAAACUGACAAAUUGAAAAAUUCUAACAUGAAAUACUGUACUACUAUUAUGGCUUCCGGUAGACAUUUGUGAUAUCAUUUUGUGGUUUCUUUGAUUACAUGAUAAAUAAAAUAUGUGAAUUCUGUUCCUAUAGUUUUUUUUUUAGUUUAUAAUAUAUAUAUAUAUAUUUCUGUCUCAAUCCUAAAUUUCUAGGUGAUGCAAAACUUUUGGCCAUAGCUCUCCAAGCCUUGAAAAUAAAGAUGACACUGUUUAUUCAUUGCAUCUACCAGGUUUAAAAUAGCUGUAAAGGUUUAAUAGUUCAAUGUACAGUCAAAGUGGAUUCAAAUAUUCCUUUAUUACGUCCUCCAUGGCAUUAAAUCUCUUCCUGUCCUGUAAGCCGCCCAAACUACAGUAACCUCAGAAGUCAGAGGACAUUAGCAGACAUUCCAAUGGGUUUAAAAAAAAAAAAAAAGUGAAACGAGCACCUUCACAAAGCAUUCGUCCCAGUUCUAAGUUUACUGAUAAAACAAAUGACUACUGCAAAUGAAACAACUAAAGUGCAACAUGAACCUCUUAUGUUGUUUAUUGAAGCUUUAUUUGAUUUCUGGUGGAAAGUUUAGAAAACAAAAUAGCACUCGCAUGUAUAUAAAAUCAAAUGGUGUGCCUGCAUAGUGCAUAUACUUGCUGCACAAAAACACAGUACAACCAAGUACUGCACUUAAAGGGUGUUCAUUUUGCAAGAGUCAUUCCCUCCACCAGGGGGCAUCAGGUGGGCGAGUUAUCGUGUACAAUUCGUUUCUUUGUAUUUAUUUUUUGUCCUGUUAGUAGGUAAAUUGGAUUUUACCAGACGUUUGACACUGUUGUCUGUUGGGUUUGUUUGAGGGAUCAAGGUAAUUUCUGAGUUGCAUUGAAAGCUGUUUCAUACAAUUUGUAAACCGCUGAACAUUAGUUUUAUAUAUAUAUAUAUUACAAAGUUUCUCAUGAGGUGCCUGUAAAGGCUACAGGCUCCCUGGAUGAGCUUUUCUUUUCAUUGAAUUAAUUUUGUUGUCCCGUUUCAAACCUUGGUUCUGGUGUCAGUUUUGCCUAUCGCUUACUACACACCCCCUUGUCACGCAAUGGACAGUACACAAGAAAUAUAUGCAACCCAAGAGAACAGAACGAGUAAAACACCAAAGAGAUUGCCACAUUAUUAUUACUAUAGUCACUUAGAAUAGGACCUCAGUUUUACGUCUCGUCCGAAGGACGGCUUUACUGUUUCAUGUGGUUUGUAAAGCUGCUGGAGAGUAUUUACAGAUGUUUUACAUCAUGUUCACGGGGCAAGAGAAUUGAUUUGCUUUUCCAUUAUCCUUGAUCACCAACAAUCUUCUGUUGUGGUUCUGCAUGGGACCAUCACAAAUGAUACAAGCUUUUAAAAUCUAUUUUAUAACACCUGCAAGGCUGCUUCGUUCCGAUUUGAAGAUAUUACAAUUCUGUGCUUUUAAAACCAGUUUUUUUUACUGUGUAUCUGUACUAUCAGCAAUGCUAGUUGAUUAUGUGGAGCAUGGUAGCAAACUGCCUUACUUGAAAAAGUCUACACAUGCUGUAAGCAGCAGAUUGCAAGAAGGGAUCAACGGUACCUUGAUAUUUUAAAUGUACGAAACAUGUGUUAGCUAUUCGUAAGUUUCAAGUUAUUUUAAUUUUGUAUAGUUGUUACCCAAAAUUAAUCCAUACAAGACCUGAUUUAAAAUUUUAAAAACAUUUUAUUCAAUAAAGCUGCAGUGUCUCGCAAUCAUGUUCAGUGGCACGCAAAGAGAGCUAAUUUCCACAACUCCUUGUUUACAAGCUAGUUCGGAUUCCCCAUUCUGGUCAUCUUCACAUACUAUCCACCGACCAAAGGCUUUUGUCUUGGGUGGUAGAAUAUAGUACCUUGUACUUCUGCAGGGAUUGAAAUAAGACACCCAUUGCUGGUUUUGCUACAAGAUACACCAGAGUUUGUUCUCUAUUCACUGUGGCUAAUCAAGGUCAUAGUAAAACCUGGAAUGGGUGAAACUGCUAUGCGGUAGGAGCCUUAUUUCCACCCAUGCUUCUGUAUAAUUGCGCAUUUAUUGAGGCUGAAAUCAAAUGAAGCUCUGCAUACCGUUUCUUAUAAAAAAGGAAUUUCUUAUACUCAGUUUCUUAUAGAAUGAUACAUGGGCUCUGUGUAUUAACACUUUUUAUUCUGCUUUUAGGCAUAUUUUUAUAUAAAUAUAAAUCUGUGGUCUUUUUAUAAGUAUGUAAAUAUUGUAAAUAUUCGUUACAAUAUGCCUAUGAAGACAUUGUUCAAAAAAAUGUUAGUGGUACUGAAAUCAAUAAAUAAAAUACAUUUGACUGGA